AUGGAUAGCCGGCCGCCGUCGUCAUUACCCUCUCUUACUUUGGCCAGUGAUACUGUGAGUGGCAACGUUGGCGGAUUUACUGUAAGGCCUCCCGAUAAAUUCAACUUUGAUCUCUCUGACCUCAUCGACGAUUUGAUUGCCCUAGCCUACACAGAUUCGGCUUCAAACACUCCCGAUGCGGGGAGCGGCGUAGUGCUCUCAAACCUUGCGCAGCGCAUCGCUUCCCUUCGAGCUUCGAUUCAAGAGGCCAAGGAGUUAUGUCGGUCCUCCCCGCGACAACAGCGAACUACAUCUGUCACACCUGGUUCUUCAACUGUUACUGCGGCUCCAACGCCUCAAGCGAAAGCAACCCCUGCCACCGCUAACACCACGGACGCCAACCAAUCUCUCAGCCUUUUUCAGUCUGCCUGUGAUCUUGAUCCUGUGGCACAGCAACAGAUGGGCUUGGAUGCGGAAAGUUUACCUCCGUUGUGGACCGCUGUGAGAGUGAGGUGCUGCAACUCAAGGGAGUUCAAAGGUUAUCUCUGCGGUGCUUCUGAUGGAAGCGGUGGCGAUUCCAGUAGUUCCAAUCUUGUCCUCUGUUCCAUUCCGGAGGAGAAAAUCAUCUUUAUUUGCGGUUGGUCAAUCGAGAACGUCGAAGUGUUGCCCGAUUAUCCACCCCUUCCGGCGACAAUUAAAUCCCGACUGGAGGAAAUUUACGCAUCAGUAGUGAAGGAGAAGGCGGAGGUGGGCGGAUUCGACAGUGUGGAUUUGCGUCGACAAUCAGUGCUUCGCUACUUCGGUCCCUUUGCCGCAAAUGAAGGAGAAGAUGGGAAGAUUGUCCUCUACGAUGGUGUUGUGACUAUUCUUCCACCCUACUUGCCCAGUUCUUGUCAGGGUACUAACCCGACUGUGCUGCAAAAGGUUCAGAGUGCCCUCACGCAGAUUGAUGAGGUAUCACGGUGA